AUGCCUUCAGUGACCAUGCCCGUGCGACCCAAACAGUCUCAGUCUCGGCCUCCGCCUCCGGCUGCCGACGACACAGAUGAUGAUUUCCUGGUUGUCGACGAUCAGGAUGGCAUUCUGGUUAUCGGGAUCGACUUUGGCACAACCUUUUCCGGUGUAGCAUGGGCCACCACAGAGGAGCUCGAGGACAACCCCAAUGACAUCAACCUCAUCAUGAACUGGCCCGGGACCGGCCGCGAGGAAAGCAAAGCCCCGAGCGAGCUGUGCUACAACGACGACGGCACCAUCGGCUGGGGCUUCGAGGUUCCUCCAGAAGCCGACUCCAUCCGCUGGUUCAAACUGCUCCUGCUGAGGGAUGACGACAUGGGCAAGGAGCUGAGAAACGUCCCGCAGCUCUCCGACUGCCGCGACUUCCUCAAGCGCACCGGAAAGUCGGCCGUCGACGUCGUGGCGGACUACCUCGGCAUGCUGUGGAAGCACACCAUUGAAACUAUCGUACGGGCACGUGGACAGACCGUCGUCGACGCCAUGGUGAUCCGGACGGUGAUCACAGUCCCGGCCAUCUGGAAGGGCUACGCACGCCAGGCCAUGGAAAAGGCGGCAAAGAAGGCCGGGAUGCUGGAGAAGCGUCCGGCCGGGCCGACUAGUCUCGUCCUCGCAAAUGAGCCCGAGGCCGCGGCGCUGGCCACGCUGAUUGAAAGAGGUCGCAAGCCCAGCGCUGACAGUGUCUACAUUGUCUGCGAUGCAGGCGGCGGGACUGUUGACCUUAUCAGUUACAAGGUUGAGCAAGUCAAUCCUAUCAGUAUGAAAGAGGCAGUAGAAGGCAAAGGUGCUCUGUGCGGCGGCAUCUUCAUCGACGAAGCAUUUGAAAACCUUUGCUACAAACAGUUUGGUCUAGAAUGGGUGGAAUUGAGCAAGACUGCGGCGAGACACAUCAUCAGGGACGACUGGGAGUUUGGCAUCAAGCCACAGUUCAGAAAAAACUGUGCGUCCAAGGCCUUCACCGUCAGAGUGCCUUCGGAAAUAAGCUUCAAGUCGGCCGUCGGCGUCAAGAAUGGGCGCAUGCAUUUUUCAGGCUCGGAUAUCCAACGCACCUUUGAACACCCCUGCCGCAGAAUCAAUGACUUGAUAUUCGAGCAGCUGGAAGGGACCAGAGCAAACGCUCCUGAUGCCGAUACACACGUUAUCCUUGUUGGCGGCUUGGGCUCGUCCCCUUAUUUGUACGACUACUUGGAUGAGAUUUAUGCAGGUACUGGAGUGAGCAUACUACAAUCGACAGGGACCAAGCCUCGGACUGCCAUCUGUCGUGGGGCCGUGCUCAAAGGCUUCCUCGAAGAUAUGCAUCAUCCUCAAAGUAGCGCCCCAGUCAUGGUGACAUCAACAGUCUCCCGGACGGGCAUUGGCCUGCUAAUGGACGUACCGUUUGUCCAUUGCGUCCAUCUGGAGGAGGACAAGAAAUGGUGUCCGUUGGAACUGAACUACAAAGCAUCCAACCAAGUCAAGUGGUUCCUAGCCAAGGGCCAAGACGUCCCGGAAUGCAAGCCGGUGCGAUCCCCGUUCUACCACCUCCUCUACCCCGGACAGACGCCUCGAGUGAGUCUGGACCUGGUCGAGUGCGAAAGGCCAGACGCGCCCACGCGCAAGACUUCGGCAGUCACGCCGCUGUGCACCCUCAGCUUCAAGGUUGACCUGGAACGCGAAGAGCUCCAGGAGUUUACAAACUCAAACUGCGCGAGGUACCAUAAACUGUCCUUUGAGGUCGAGAUGAUUCCGGCGGGCGCCUCGGUAGAGUUUGUGGUCUACGUGGACGGCCGGAAGCAGGGGGCGAGAAACGUCAAUGUUCGUUUCGAAUAG